GACCGCGAGACGCCGAUUUGAGCCGGUCGUGAGGAGAUGAUUCGUUUCUGCUCCCGGGAAAGAUGGGGAAACUGAGGCACGAGUGGGCCAGCGGGAGGCCGCUCAGGGUUGCCGUGUCCACAUAAGACCAACACGUCCCUCCCCGGGCGGUGGUGGAAUGUGGAGCCUUCGCCCCGCGGUGGAUUGCGCCCGGACUCUGUCCCCAAGCUGAGGAGUCGCUCCAACUUUCCGUGUCCCUCACCCCGCUGUCUCCCGGGAACUCCUCGGCGUCCGCCUUGUCUUCUGGUCUCACUUCAGCUCCAGGGCCUUGACAUCUCUUAGUUCACCUAUUCUGAAGAAUAACCUGCCCUCCAACUCACCCCCACCCCCUCACAUAUCACAGACAUGCUCACGCCGAUGUGCUUGUGAUGGACCCCGCUGCUUUCACGGUCCCCUUCAGUCCUCAUCACUGUCCAAUCUCUGAUUUUCUCAACUCUAAGUAGUGCACCCCACCCGCUUCCAGGCUCCUUUUUAAUCUUAUGCCUUUUCCUUCCCCUGGCCUGGAGCAGAAACGGGCGGCCCAGUAUGCCUGCUCCCUGCUUGGCCAUACCCUGCAGAAACAUGGGGCCAGCCCUGAGUUACAGAAGCAGAUUCGGCAACUGGAGGGUCAUCUGAGCCUAGGAAGAAAGCUUCUACGCCUGGGGAACUCAGCAGAUGCCCUUGAGUCAGCCAAACGAGCUGUGCACCUGUCAGAUGUUGUCCUAAGAUUCUGCAUCACUGUUAGUCACCUCAAUCGAGCCUUGUACUUCGCCUGUGACAAUGUCCUGUGGGCUGGAAAGUCUGGACUAGUUCCCCGUGUGGAUCAGGAGAAGUGGUCCCAGCGUUCAUUCAGGUACUAUCUGUUUUCCCUCAUCAUGAACUUGAGCCGUGAUGUUUAUGAGAUUCGCCUGCUGAUGGAACAAGAGUCUUCAGCUUGCAGCCGGCGACAGAAGGGCUCUGGAGGAGGGGUCCCAGGAGGAAUUGAAAUGGGGGGGCCUGGGGGUCCAGAGACGCCAGCAGGAAGCCUGCCCCGACUGGUCCUGAAGCUUCAGCUCCGAGUCCUGCUCCUGGCUCGGGUCCUUCGAAGUCAUCCCCCGCUUCUGUUGGAUGUGGUCAGAAACGCCUGCGAUCUCUUCAUUCCACUGGACAAGCUAGGCCUGUGGCGCUGUGGCCCUGGGAUUGUGGGGCUUUGUGGCCUCGUGUCCUCCAUCCUGUCUAUUCUCACCCUAAUCUGCCCUUGGCUACGACUCAAGCCCUGAUACUCUGGUACAGGAUAAGGAGGGGACCUGAAUUGGUAAGAUGGAGCCUUAGAUUGUCCCCAACGUACCAGCCUCGUUCUAAGUUUGCUCCUUGGUUAAAGUUAAAAUCCAGAGAGCUUGGGGUAGAAGAAGGCGCUCUGGGGAGAAUGAGGCGAGGCGAGGUGACUUGUGUAAUCAACCGGAUGAUUCUAAUGUUCAGACCUGCUGGAGCUUUUGUUCUUUUCCUCCUUCUUUGUACUGUCUGUGUCUCCCUUGACUCUUGGUCUCUCAUGAGUCUGUUUAAGAGCCUGUCUCUGCAUCUCUUUUUUUGCCUUCUCAGUCCCCCAUCUCAGUCCUAGAAAUUCGGUCAGCAGCAGAAUUACUUUUUGGUAGGGGAGGUAGAAGGUGUGGUCUGUAAAAUUCUAAUUGCCUUCUUUUUCCUCACAAAGGUGGCUUAUGGCAGAUUUUACCCCCUUUAAACUCCAAAUCGUAAUUUAAAGACUUUAUGUCCCAGUGGAUUCUUCCCUCAUGCACAAGAACUGGUUUGAUGCUGCCUCUUCCUCCCUGAUGCCUACCUCACCAACCUCCCUCGUGACUCGGCCCGUACGCUUCCCACUACUCACACCCGCAGAUUUCUGCGUACACUUUCAUUUCAGGGCUUUGUUCCUAGCCUGUUCUCACCCCUUCUUUGCCCAUCUAGAGUGAUGCUGUGUCUAGCAUCUUGCUGUAAAUAUUGUACAAUGAUUCUGUGUAAAUAGCUGGGACCUGGGCCCAUGGCAGAGAGCGAGCUUUCUAGGUCAGCAAAUUAAAAAUCAGUUUGCUUAUUGA